CUCAUGGACGAAAAAAAAAAUUACAUUUAAAUAGGGAAAUUUGAAAUUCCUUCCUUCAUAUUUAUUCUUAUAGUAUAUGAAAACCCUUCUUAAUUCUCAAUUUAACCAAACAUAGAAUUAUAAUACUUAGAUUUAUCUUGCUACUUUCAAUACCAACAAGUGAAACUAGUUAAAUCUAUCCAUUAGGAUAAAAGACUAAUUUGAUGAUAGUCUAAUAUAUGUGUCUAUUCAAUAGAUCAUACUACAUACAUGUAUGUCAAUUCAUUCCUCUCUUAUGCAGGAAACCUAUUUCACCCAAUGGAAGUUUUAUCCUUUGUUGGAAGUUCUCUUUUAUCUACUACAUAUGACAUGCUAUUAGAAAAGUUGAAAGGAUAUCUAAGUGAUCAACUAUGGAAUUCAAACAAAGAAGUACAUGCCCAAAUUGAAAGUUGGAAGACUCUAUUGCUCAAAAUCAUUGCUGUACUUCAACAUGCAGAAGAAAAUCAAGUUGCUAACCAGUUUGUGAAGUCAUGUCUUAAUGAUCUCAGGGAUUUGGCUUAUGAUAUGGAGUACAUACUUGAAGAGUUUGUGAUUGAUGCCAAGAGGUCCAAAUUGAUUGCAGAAUCUAAAGCUAGAGCCAAUAAGCGACAAAAAUUCACCUCGAGUAUCAUGAAUUUAUUUAGAUCUAAGCCCAAGCCCAAUCAAGAGAUCAAUUCCAUGGGGAAUCAACUAAAUGAUAGAUUGAAGCAAAUAGAAAAAGAGAUACAUACUUUGGGCCUGAUCAAUUUGACUGUGAAAGCUAAAGAUGAAUCUCACAAAGUAGAUAGUGAAAGACUACUUGAGUCUUCUCUUCUAGAAGAUAAGUUGUGGGGUCGAGAUAGUGAAAAGGAAGCCAUUAUUGAUUUGCUUAAAGAUGGAAGCAGUUGUCUCGAACAAGGCUUUGUCAUUCCCAUUGUUGGAAUGGGUGGAGUAGGUAAGACAACUCUUGCUCGGCUCAUUUACAAUGAUGAAAAGUUGAAAGGUUGGUUUGACUUGAAGGCAUGGGUUUGCGUUUCUGAUGAGUUUGAUGUUGCUCAAAUAACAAGAACUAUUUUAGAACAUGAAUAUGGCCAAUGGGAUGUCUUGAAGAGACCUUUCAUAUCAGGAGCUCCUGGAAGUAAAAUAAUUGUCACAACUCGAAAUAAGGAUGUUGGGACAAUGAUGAGAGGAGAUGAUGGAGUUUACAAUUUAGAAUUGCUACAAGAUAAUGCUUGUCUGCCAUUAUUUACAUGGCAUGCACUGGGGAAAAAGAACUUUGAUGUGCACCCAGACCUACAAGAUGUUGGUGAGAAGCUUGUUAAGAGGUGCAAAAGAUUGCCAUUGGCAUUAAAAACACUUGGUAGCAUCUUGCGGGGAAAGUUGCGUCGUGAUGAGUGGGAAAAUAUAUUAAAUAGUGAGAUAUGGACUUUGUCAGAAGAUAGAAGUGGAAUUCUUCCUACUCUGAGAUUAAGCUACAAUCAUCUUCCUUCUCACUUGAAGCAAUGCUUUGCUUAUUGUGCUUUGUUCCCUAAAGACUAUGAAUUUGAUGAAAAGGAGUUGAUUCUGUUAUGGAUGGCUGAGGGCUUGUUACAGCAACAGUCACAAGGAAAGAAGCAAAUGGAAGAGGAGAUUGGUCAUCGAUAUUUCCAAGAGUUGUUAGCAAGAUCACUCUUUCAACAAUCGAGCAAAGAUGAAUCACGAUUUGUGAUGCAUGACCUCAUAAAUGAUUUAGUUGUAGAUGUUGCUAGAGAAAUAUAUUGCAAUCUUGAACAUAGCAUGGGUGAUGGAAAAUUAGAGAAAGCUCGACAUUUUUAUCGGAUAAGUAAGCUACCUGUAGAUUCUUUUGCAAAUUUAAAACAUAUUCGGUACAUUAAUUUGUCUGGUACAAAAAUCAAAUGUAUACCUGAAUCAGUGGGUUUUCUUCUCUUCUUACAAACAUUGCUAUUACAUGGCUGUCAUAAGCUUACUAAGUUGCCUGCAACAAUUGGGAAUCUAAUUGAUCUUCAUCAUCUUGAUAUCAUAGAUACAGAAUCUUUAGAAGAGAUGCCAUCAGAAAUAUGUAAUCUUAAAAACCUUGUGACAUUGUCCAAAGUGAUUGUGGGGAAGACAAGUGGAUUGAUGAGAUUAUCUGAUUUGAAAAACUUUUCACAACUUCGAGGAAGACUGUCUCUUCUAGAUUUGCAGAAUGUUUUGGAUGUUCAAGAUGCUAGGGAGGCCAACCUAGAUAAGAUCCAUGGUCUGGAAGAGUUACUCUUGAAGUGGACUAGUUCUGAUAAUGAUCGAAAUGAUUUAGUCCUUGAAAUGCAGGUUCUCCAUUGGUUAAAACCUCAUUCAAAUUUAAAAAGUUUGAAAAUUUUUUGCUAUGGUGACAAGAAUUUCCCAAAUUGGGUUAGUGAUCCAUUAUUAUUUUUCAAUUUAUCAUCCAUGGUGCUCAGCAAUUGUAAGAGAUGCACUUUGUUGCCUUCACUUGGCAUAUUACCUCUUCUCAAAGACUUGAUUAUCGAAGGCAUGGAGGCAAUAGAAGCUAUAGGUUUUGAGUUUUAUGGGGGGCAUGGCUCUUUUCCAUCACUGGCUGAACUAGUGUUUAAAAACAUGUUAAAUUGGAAGGAAUGGACUUCUCCAGCAAGAAGUGUAGGUGAAUUCCCUUGUCUUCAUAAGCUUGUGAUUGACAAUUGUCCUCAGUUGUUAGGACAAUUACCUAUCAACCUUUCUUCAGUUAAAGAGUUGGAUGUUAGAAGGUGCAAUGUGAUGCUUUUAAAGAGUAUGGGUGAUCUCACCUUGCUUUCUAAUUUGAGAGUUGAGAAAAUUUUAGAACUAACUUACUUGCCAAAGAGUUUUACACAAUCCUUGACAACACUUGAAACUCUGUAUAUUGGACAUUGCAAUGAUCUUGCCUAUUUGUGGGAGGAAGGGACAGAAAUAGAACAAAGCCUCUUGCCUUUCAAUCUUAAACAUCUUAGCCUUAAGCACUGUGGAGCUUUGGUGUCAUUACCCAAUGCAAUGAUGAUGAGGAUGGAUGGAAGCAAUAGCAGCGACACUAGUAUGUUGAUGUUGAGACUCGAAAAGCUGGAAAUUUCUGGUUGUCAUUCUCUCAACUCUUUCCCAAGAGGCAAGUUACCUAGCAUGCUUACAUACUUGAAAAUAGAAGACUGUGAGUGUCUUAAGUCCCUACCAAAGGCCAAUGGUGACGAUAAUAGCAAUCUACAUUUGGAAAUAAAGAAUCUUCCAUGUCUGUAUUCUUCUCAGGAUUCUCAUCAGCUACCAGCUUAUCUCAAGAAAUUUACAGUUGAUGAUGGUGGCGAGUGGUUGGAAUCAUUUCCAGAGAGGAUAUUGCAGCAUUGUACGAGGCUUCAAUCCAUUGAAAUUGGCAAUUGCAAAAUAUUGAAAAGUUUACCUACCCUUGAUUGCGUAAGCCAUCUCCUUCGAUUAUUUAUUUACAGGUGUGAAGUUUUAGAGUCCUUACCAGAAGAGUUGGGGUCAUGCACCCCCAAUCUUAAGGAUUUGUCAAUAGAAUGGUGUGAGAAUUUCAAAUCCCUACCAAGUACGAUGUACCAGCUGAAAUCUCUUCAAAGCUUAUUGAUGUUUGGUUGCCCCGGCAUCGAGUUCAUUCUAGAUGGGGGUUUGCCCCCAAACUUAACAGAGCUUCACUUAGAGAAGUGUGUGAAUCUCAAGUAUGUGCCAAAUACGAUGUACCAACUCACAUCGCUUCAGAGUUUAAGAAUCUCAGGUGGGGCUUUGACGAUGGGCCUCCAAAACCUUACAUCUCUUCAGUGGUUAAAAAUUGAGCAGAAAUUCCCUCUGGAUAUUGCACUGCCUUCUUCUUUAACCUCUCUUUGGAUCAUUGAUGAAGAAAAUUUGAAAUCCAUACCUGGUGGGCUCUUCCAAAACCUAAGCUCCUUUGAAAUGUUAUGGAUCUCUAACUGCCAAAAUCUACGAUCUUUGCCAAGGGAAGUCUUUCAUCCCUCACUUGUUGGUAUAAACAUCUUCGAAUGUCCGCAUCUGAAACGACAGCGUUUUGAAGCCAAAGGAGAUUAUUGGGCUCUCACUCAGAGCAUCGCCCGCGUUGAGAUAGAUGGGGAAGAGAUUAUUUCAAAGGGGAUGAGUGUUUGGCCUUGGCCUUGGCAUUACGGAAAUUCACAACCACCAAUAAGCUUGCAAAAAGAUGCUCUUAGGCAAGCCAACCAAUUUCAAGUUUAAAUUCUCAAUUGUAUUAGUCCCUUCCUUCUUGCCUGUUACAUGUCAUACAGACUGCCCCUUUUUCGAAUGAGAUUUUUCUGUAAGUUGGAAUUGGAACACAGAUGACCUUUUCUAAAUUAAGCAAGCUUGUAAUCUGAGCAAGUUGAGCUGCAGGGAAAGUAGAACUUACCUUGUAAGUAUUCAAAUUACCUCUUUAAAAGCGUUGCUAUAUAUUGUUAUUCUUUAGGACAAGAAAUCAAAACUGAUAUGUCAGGUUAUCUCUAUUGUUCAUUUUACUUCAACAAAAUGAUACAUUUUGAUGAUAGACUGGUCUAUUCCUCUGCCAUCUAUGAUGUUGAUUGCCUUAGAAUUAAAUGAUUAUUUCCCAUUGCUUCCUUCUCUUGAUUAAUAUAUGUUGGUUGCAUUAAAGACUGUCUAAUUUC